AUGCCUAACUCAAGUGAACAGUCGUAUUUUGGUGGCUCUCUGAGCCAGCGUGGUCCUGAAUGGAGUGAAGGCCAGAACGAUAGGGCUGCAAGUCGCUGUCACUACUGCGGUAACAUUGCAGGGUGUAGAAAUUCUUCUGCACUGUGUGGGGAAGACGGAGACGUUUGGUUUCACAGUCACCUAGAUCUUGGGGAAAAACGGGAUCCAGUCCUCCACUCCUCUCUGUACAGACAGAUCCAGCAGGACCAGCAUGGGCAGCCACCACUGAAGAAAACCUCUGUACCUGACCUAAGCAGCAGUCUCUACCUCAAGGAGCUAAUGGCAGGCCGGGCCUCAGCACCACCUCAGGAUUAUUACCUCACUGACGCCACCUUAUCUGGUCAUCCACCUAAGGAGUCUGGGUUUUACAGGGAUAACCAGCACUUGCUCACCAGAUCAGCCUUGCAUUAUGGGCCCAACGUUGGGGGGGUUAGGUCUUCCUGGGAUCAAGGACAAGCAAGAGCCACACCCUCUUUACUGGCCUCUGCUUCUACACCUACACCCGCACCUCUUCCUCCUCCCCCUCCUCCCCCGCCUCCUCCGCCACCGCCUCCCCCUCCGCUCCAUGAGCUGAGCCGGUUGUACAGGGAAACUCUGGGAUCUAAGAUGAUCCCAGACGUCCAGCGUAUUGGUGGCAGCUCUCCCGUUACUGCGAUCUUCGGGGCUCAGCCCCCACUUCCUGUUUACGCUGCUGAACCGCUGUCUGCUCGUCAAACUUACAACAGUAUCAACAGCUUGCGCCUGGAUCCCCUUCAGCCAGCUGCCACCAGCUCGUUGGUGGACCCAGCUUCUCAGGGAAUGGACGCAGCUUUCCCCAGGGCUUACGGAGCUGUAGCCUCCCAGAGGCUGCCUUAUGAUCCAAACUAUGACCCCAGCUCAGCCAUGGUGGCUGCCACAGCUGGAAUGGUCUCCACCUUGCCUCCUCACCAACCCAGUGCUGCAGACCCCAAGAAGAUGGUGGACCCCGCUUUCUUGGCUUUCCUAAGAGGGGAAGGCUUGGCUGAAAGCACAAUUACACUUCUGCUGCAACAUGGCUUUGAUUCCCUUUCCACACUGGGGAUGAUGGAGGACCAUGAUGUUAGGUCUGUGGCCCCUAAUUUGGCCCAGGCCCGUGUUCUGUCACGAGUGGUGCUCAGUUGCAAGACAAGUGGGAUGGCAACACGUGCCCGAUCUAAUAGCUUCAGCCAUCGCAAUGACCUCUACGUGCAGCCGCAGGGUUUGACUAUGGACCCCAACCUGAUGCAGCAACCUCCCACCACUGUCCAGACAGUUUCCCCUAGAAUGGGAGAAUUUCUGGGUAGAAGACCGAGCAGCGCACCCUCCCAACAUCUCCUGGAAACCACCACCUACCCAGGAGCACGGCCGCUGGCACCUGGAGCUUUUCCAGUCAGCCCUGGAGGAUAUAGCAGUGCUGUGACUCAGGGAAGACCCUUCUCCAUGUAUAAUGCCCACACCGGUCUUGCCAUGUCUGCUCUCGGAAACCAGCCUCCACCUGCUCCAGGCACCCCUGGAGCUGCACCUAAAACCUUCUCUGGCUCCUAUUCCCCGAUGGAACUGAUGAAGAGAGCCCCCAACUUUCCCCCAGCAUCACCUGUAGGAGCAGCAAGCCCCCUUCACAGCCCACAACUUCUCCGCAAGGGGAUCAAUGCUGCUCCUGAGAGUACCAUAGUUCCCGUCAGCUCUGCCACCACUCUUCAAGCGCAAAACCUUAACAACAACAAGAUGAUGGGACGCCGCACCGGUCCACCUGUCAUAGUCUCAACCAUGGUCACUACGCCUGACACAAGUAACGUCCAACCUCACUUUUCUCAUUAA